GUAGUUACACCUCCCACUUUCACUUCUAACUACCCACCUGGUCUUGUUCCAAUCCAUUGUUCUUACUUACCUAGUACCCCACCAUACCAUCAUGAUAGCAGCGCAGCCUAGCCUAGAACUCUACCAACCUGGAAAACAAUGUCCUCGAUCAUGACUCGAUUUAUCAUCUCUUCAUCUCCGUUUACUUAUGUGUUCACUUCACCUCGAUUGCACUAACCGGUACACUUGUUAUGUACUUUGAUAACACGUAAUACCUAGUCUCUGCUGCUGCUAAAACUAACGAACCAUGGCCACCUCCAUUACUUCCGUAUUAGACGAUGAUAGUUUUGUAGAGAGCGAUUAUGGAUCGGAUUUUUCCAUAGGAGAGGAGGGAAUUGUGAACCAGCUUCUCGAUAACCUUGGGGGUAAGUGUGCCUUACCUAGCAAAACCACAGGUCCUGCCUCAAGUCCUCCUCAAUUCGUCAUUCCCGGUGGAAACGAUGCUCAAGCUCUCGACAACCAGUCCAUUAUAUCAAAUCCCCCCACACGAGAGCCCGAGAAGGGAUUUAAAUAUCAGCAGAAUGUGUCAGGGCUACGUAAUAACUCGGCGGGCGUUCGAUUUGGCACCAUUAAUGGUAUGGAGCGUAGCGGCGACUCGACUACUCGCUCAACUGCCCGUGAGCCACGGCUUGCAUCACUGGGAUCCAUACACUACCCAGAUCUUAGCCAUGCACUUCAACCCGGCAAAACACUGAGCGUAUCUUCUAAAUCUAAAUUUGGCGAGCCCUCGCAGGACUCCCGUUCUCCCUUACAGCGCUUCCGCUCCAUCCCAAAGAAGCCUUUGAGCGUUUCUGACUUGGCUUCGGGUGCUUGGUGCGAAUUACAAUACUGGUAUACACUUACUCGUCUUCCCGGCGGGCGGAAGACGACGACUGCGGCGAUGCGAGGCGGUACCCGUAUCCACCAAACUUUGGAGGACGAAGUGCAUACCACGGUCCAAAUAAAUAUAAACACUAAGGAAGAAGCGUUUGCGCUACGUCUCUGGAACGUCAUUCAGGGUCUUCGUACACUUCGUGACUCUGGCAUAACAAGAGAACUCGAAGUAUGGGGGGUGAUUGAAGGUCAAGUUGUCAAUGGCAUCAUUGACGAACUGAGUACUGAAAGCCCCAAUGCUGCUUUUGAGCAUGAGCUCAACUUAUCGCAGUCAAAACAAACGUCUAUAAUUAUCGCCGGGCAGCCAGAACAGCAAACGUUUAUAAAGGACUUUUUGGGAACACGUCGGAGAAAAGUUUAUUUGACUGAUGUCAAGACUCGGGGAUCAGACAGGCUACCUACAGGUCCGGCUCUAAGACCGGCUAGAGUCCAGCUAUUCCUAUAUCAUCGACUUUUGGGAGAAAUGGCUUCCGGCGUCCUCGACUUUGGUAUUAUAUUGGAUCGAUAUGGUCUUAGGCCUGAUGCCUUGUUUUCUGAUGCCUUCAUGGCACAAGUGGGUGAUCUUCAUGAUGAAAUAUUUUACGAUGCAGACUCGGAUCUUGGUGGAGCGCCGUCAAGUCCUCGUUCUUUCCGUGAUAAUCACAUUGGUGCAUGGCCAGACGAAUCUCAAUCAUCUGAGUCGACAUCGCCUCCAGACUUGAUUAGGUAUCGGUCAAUCACGCAGAUACUUACAUUACUGAGAUCUGAGCUAUGCGAGACGUUCCCUCAGGGUGUCAACACGCUUGGCGAUCUUCUGGCGGUUCAGUACCGCCAUCGAGAUGAUGGUCGCAUCCUGGGGAACAAUUCAUUUCCCAAUGAUCCCGAAGCAUUGGAAGGAUAUGUUAAGCAGUAUCUUAAGUGGUGGCGAGGAGAACGAGAGGCCGAAGGCGUCGCCAUUGAAGAGGCCUAUAAAUGCCGAAUGUGCGAGUUUGCGGAAAGCUGCCAAUGGCGAAAAGACAGAGAAGCUGAAAUAUUACAGAGGAGGCAAGGUGCUGCACGUGCUUGGAGUUAA